CGUGUCUGCCCCGGAAGCUGUGCGAUCUGUGCUGUGCGUGAGUUUAUAUCCCAGCAUUCCGCGCUCUCUCUUCCUCUUUCCCUUUCGGCGACAAUGUCUAAGAGAGGACGUGGUGGGUCAUCAGGAGCCAAGUUCCGCAUCUCACUGGGUCUCCCAGUGGGAGCGGUUAUCAACUGUGCUGACAACACAGGUGCCAAGAACCUGUACAUCAUUUCCGUCAAAGGCAUCAAGGGUCGUCUGAACAGGCUGCCUGCCGCUGGUGUGGGUGACAUGGUAAUGGCCACAGUGAAGAAAGGCAAACCAGAGCUCAGGAAAAAGGUGCAUCCUGCGGUGGUGAUACGACAGCGGAAGUCGUAUCGACGAAAAGAUGGUGUGUUCUUAUACUUUGAAGACAAUGCUGGGGUCAUAGUGAAUACCAAAGGAGAAAUGAAAGGUUCAGCUAUCACAGGACCUGUAGCCAAGGAAUGUGCAGACCUGUGGCCCAGGAUUGCCUCCAAUGCUGGAAGCAUUGCCUGAGUACAAAUGUGGCUUGUUUUCAAUAAAAUACUCGGUCUAUAAA